CACUGCUCUGCUUCCCUGUUGUCGUUGAGCCGUUGCUAACGCUGCCGCCGCGCGCGAUCUUUGUUACCGCUGACGGGCGCCUGCUUGCUUGCUUGCUAGCUAUUGCUUCCUGCUGCUAGGUAGCUCCGCCGGGAUACGGCGCCGGCUGAGCUGUGCGCUGUUGUCAUCGCGUGGUGCUGACGGGUGAAAGUGUGGGCCGAGAAGAGAGGGAACAAGAAAAGAGAAGGGAAAGAGGAACAGUGGAGAUGGUGACGACGGAUAAGGCGGUUGUCGAACCCCGCCGGAAACCGAAGUCGAGGGACGGGUGCCAGAGAUGCAAGAUCAAGCGGCUCAAAUGCGACGAAACAAAACCAGAAUGCCGCAACUGCGUCGGCCGCGGCGUUGCCUGCCCCGGCUAUAGGAAACUCAUCAAGUGGAGCACCAAGUACGAGGCGUACAUGCCUGGCGCUUCGAGGGGCUUGGUGCUAGGCCCGAAUCAGGUUCUUGAGGAUAGGGCUUUGCGGGGUGGGGAUGCUGGGGGGAGUGCUGGCGAGGGUGCUCGGGGGAGUGCUUUUGAGAUCGUGAGGGAGGAGAGGCCGGGUGCGGGGCGGGUAAGGAAGAGGGGUGGGAGGGGAAAAGGUGGCGCGAGGAGGAGGGAGAUGGAUGGGAGUGGUGGUGGUGGUGAGGAGAGAGGAGAAGAGGCUGCUAGUGCGGUGGUGAUGGGUGGUGAAGAGGAGGAAUGCGUGGACACGGAAGGCCGAGGCCACCCCGAGCCGAACAUGGACGCACCUCACACGGGCGAGCCCAUCGCGGACCUCCCGCCGCUGGAUCUGCCUGCGGAGCCGCCGUUUGAGCCGCCCGCCUGGGACGACGCGACCAUGGAGCCCCCUGCGCUGGAAGACUUCCCUCUCGACAUGUUCGACCUGGAUGUCCCGAACAUAGACUGGACGACGCUGGACGUCGCGGGCGAGGAGGAGUACCUGCACGACCAGCCCCCCAACGACCCAGCAGAUGCAGAACAGCAACAACAACAACAAGAAGCAGCAGCCCCCGACGACAUUCCCCGGCUGAACACGCCCCUCUCACGCGCCCUAAUCCGGAGCUACGCACGCGCAUCCUACCCACCAUCACCCAUCCCGCCCACGCUCAUCGAGCCCGGCAUGGCGCUCGUCGAGCACUACUUCCAAAACGUGUGCAUGCUAUACUCCGCCUUCGACUCGUCACUAAACCCGUUCCGCAGCGCCGUCGCCCGCAUCUGGGACAGCAGUCCCGCAAUCUUCUACGCGAUCCAAGCAAUGGCCGCCGCACAGCUCUCAAACACGCACCCAGCCGCCAGCGCGCUAGGCCGGCAGCUGCGCCGCCAAGCCCACGCGACGCUCGACGACGAGCUGGCCCGCGUCGCGCAGGGGCGCACUAGCAGCGAGCGCGCGCUUUUGGCGAUUUUGCUGCUCGGGCUUUCGGCUUGCUGGCUCGAUUGCACGGAUUUGGGCAUUGCCAAUUUGAGGGCUGCGAGGAGCCUCAUUUAUCCUCGUUUGCUUAAUCCCGUCCCACCGCAGAAUGUGGCUAUUGUUCGCCAGAAUCAGUUCUUUGAGGAGAGCCUCAUUUAUUGGGAGAUGCUUAUUGGGUUCGUGUCGCAGGAGGGGGCGCCUGGCCCGCCGUUGGGACGGUGGAGCACUUGCCAUGUGCCUGGUGGUGGUGCUGCUGCUGCUGCUGGCGCGGCCGCUACCCCCGCCACAGCCAGUAAACUCCUGCCCCACCCCUGGACGGGCAUCGCGCCGCAAGUGCAGACGCUGUUCGCCGAAGUCGGGCGGCUAAUCCGCUGCGAGCGAUUGAGCCACCUCAAGCACCACCGUAACCCCCCCAACUACAACAACCCCCACCCCUACACGCUCCACACCCAGCGCCAAGCCUGCGAGCGCAUCCUCGUCGCCGCGCAGCUAGAGGAAGCGCUCCUGAACUGCUCCCUGCCGCGCGAAGACGACAUGGUCGAUUUCGGCGACAGAAAUACUACCAAGGCCGAUUUUGUGGCGCUCGGGGAGGCGUAUCGCUGUGCGGGGUUGUUGGAGCUGUAUCGUGUGUUUCCGCCGCUGCUGGGGAGGAGGCUGGGGAGUGGUGGGGCGUGUGGUGUGGGUGGUAGUGGGAUUGGAGGGGUUGGAGGGGGGAUUGGGCCUGCUGGGGCAGAAGUGCCGUGGGGGUGGUGGUGGGAGCGCAGCAACAGCAACAGCAGCAUCGGCGCGAGCGUUGCAGCAUACACCCCCACCAGCACCACUCCAUUCGCCCCCCAACCCCGCCAACUCCCCUCCCACUCCCACUCCCCAACGCACCACCUCACGUCCCUAGCCCUGCACAUCCUGUCCCUGCUGUCCCACCUCCCCCCCAGCAGCGGCACCUGCAGCACGCAGCCGAUCCUGCUCGUCGCGGCCGCCUCCGAACUGCGCCUCCACCCUCAGCCCCAACCCCAACCCCGGCCGCAGAACCUCGACUUCCUGGACCUGUCCUCCUCGACAGAGGAGUGCCUGCAGCCCGAGCACCUGCGGCCCGAGCGCAUCAGCCAAGCGCGCGCGUUCGUGGAGGAGAGGCUCGAGGAGUUUAUGCGCCGCUUGCCGCGGCAGCCGCUGCUGUGUAUGCGGCGCUUGGUUAGGGAGGUGUGGUGGGGGUUGGAUCGGAGGGUUGGGAAGGGGGGUAAUGGAGGGGAUGGGGAGGAGGAGGAAGAGGAGGAGGUGUUUUGGUUGGAUGUGGCGUGGGAGAGGGGCUGGUUGACUGUUAUGGGGUAGGAGGAGGAGGGUUUUUGUUUUUUGUGUUUUGUUGUUGGUUGAGUUUGGGUUGGUACAGACAGUCGCGAGCGGGUUUGCGUGUAUUUUGCAUAUUUAUUUAUACAUAUUAUGAUGAUGACGACGAUGAUGAUGAUCGUAGGGUUUUAUGAUAGUUAGCGGGUUUAUGCGUUUAUAGCGUGGUUUUUUUUUUUUUUUUUUUUUUUUUU